GAUUUGUGCAACUUCGCUCAAAACUGCCACUCCAACUCCCAGGUUUGCUCACAUCACAUACCUGCGCAAAUCGUCUGUCCACGCGCAACUAUCUGUCUCUGCGGGUGUGGGAAGCGCAAUCAGACAUUUAUUCAGACAGAUCGUUACGUGUAGCGGACCCUUGUUUUGACAUCUUGACACCGUAUCGACCAAGUAGAAAUGACUAGUGUCGACUAUCACGACUUCUUUGCCGUGCGAAGUUUGAAUUUGAAACGGUAAUGGCGCGUAGUGUGAUUUCAGGAAAAAGUGGUAUAGUAAUGGAAGGUGAUGAAAGCGAGGAUGAAAUUUUUGUAGGGCGUCUGCAGAAGAAGGAGCUUUUGAAACUCCGUGUUGCAGGGAAUAAAAUACCUACAGCGUGCAGAUAUCCAGUAGCUACUUCUGUCGAGACAUCACAUUCAGGUUCCGAUGCAAUAAAUAACAAUGAACUGUCAGAAAAUAUUAGGUCAACAUCUACAGUGCAUCAAAAUGAAACAUUAUUACAUAAAUGUGACAUUAAAAUACAAAAACAGUCUUCAUGUGAAGAUAAAAGUCAAUGUACCACUACUGAGAACUUAAUAACAAACUGCAACAUUAAUGAAGGAUCUGUAGUGGUUGGAGGGCACCUUUCAUUACAAGCUGAAGUUGAUGCCACCGUAAAUAAGAGUGUGGAUGAAAAUAUUAAUACGAAUGUGGAAUGUGUGCUUUGUGAUUACAAGCUUACAUUAACAGAUAGAUCAGAGGGAGCCAGCCAAACUGACACAGUUACAUUUGAAAUUAUGACUACAGAUGUAAACCCAAUGAACUCUCUUCAUCCAGAUGUUCUUGAAAAUCUUCAGCCAUUAAAUGACACUGAAUUGUCGGAAGAGAUUACUUCAACAUCCUCAGUACAUCAAUCAAAAACCCGAUUGCAGGAGUUUGUUCCAGGAAAAUUAGAACAAUCUUUGGAUGAGGAUAAUAGUCAAAAUUUGUUUUGUGAAAACUUGAUCAAGAACUGCAACGUUACUGAAAGAUGUGUAGUGGGUAGCAGGCAUGCUUCACUACAAACUAAAUAUGUUGACACUGAAAAUGGGAGGGAAAAUGGACAUACGGGCACAAAUGUGACCUGUCUGAUGUCAGCAGACAGAUCAGAUAGAGACAACCAAAUGUCUGCUGAUGUUCACUCAACAAACUCCAUUCUGCCAGAUGUUUCUGAAAGUUUUGAGUUGGUAAGUGACAUUGAAUUGUCAGGAGAGAUUACUCCAGCAUCUUCAUUACAACAAUCUGAAACCCAAAUGCAGGAAUUUGUGACAGGAAGACCAGAAAAAUCUUCAGAUGACAAUAAAAGUCAAGAGUCACAUUGUGAAUACUUGAUGAAGAACUGGAAUGUUACUGAAAGACUUGUAAUGGACAGCAGGCACACACCAUUACGAACUGGAACUCUUGACAUUCAAACUAAGAGGAAAAAUGGAGAUAUGGAUGCAAAUGAUGGUGGUAUUGUCUGUGAUGAGAAGUUAAUGUCAGCAGACAUAUCAGAUGGAGACAACCAAAUGUCUAUGGCUUCGUUUGAGGAUACGACUGUUGAUGUACAUUUGAGCAACUCUUUUCAGCCAGAUAACGUUGAAAAUGUUGAGUUAUUAAGAAACUCUGAGUUGUCGGAAGAGAUUACUUCAAAAUCCUCAGUGCAUCAAUCAAAAACCCAAUUGCAGAAGUUUGUUCCAGGAAGACUAGAACAAUCUUUGGAUGAGGAUAAUAGUCAAAAUUUGUUUUGUAAAAACUUGAUGAAAUGUAAUGUUACUGAAAGAUGUGUAGUGGGCAGCAGGUAUGCUUCAUUACAAACUGAAUAUGUUGACAGUGAAAAUGGGAGGGAGAGUGGACAUGUGGACACAAAUGUGAGUGGCAUGCUGUGUGAUGACAAACUGAUGUCAGCAGACAGAUCAGAUGGAGACAAGCAAAUGUCUGCUGAUGUUCACUCAACAAACUCUCUUCAGCAGGAUGUUUCUGAAAGUGUUGAAUUAAUAAGUGACACUGAGUUGUCAAAAGAAAUUAUUUCACCCCCUUCAGUACAUCAAUCAAAAACCCAGUUGCAGGCAUUUGCCAUAGGAAGACUAGAACAAUCCUGGGAUGAGGAUAAUAGUAAAACUUCAUUUUCUGAAAACUUGACAAAGAGUUGCAACAUUACUGAAAGCUCUGUAAUGGGCUGUAGGCAUGCUUCAUUAGGAACUGUAAAUGUUUCCACUGAAACCAAGAUGGCAAAUGGAAGUAUGGAUACAAAUGUGGGUGGCACUCUGUGUGAUGAGAAACUAAUCUCAACUGGCAGUUCAAAUGGAGAAAACAAAGUGUCUGUGGUUACAUCUGAGAGUGUGACUGUUGAUGUACAUUCAACCAACACCCUUCAGCCAGUUGUUUCUGAAAGACGUGAAUUACUAAACAACCAUGAGCAGUUGGCUGAAGCUUCAGUGCUGUGUGGCACACACAUUUCCUUACCAACUGGAAAUGCUGAUAUUACUACUAAAAAAGCAGAUGGAAAUACUACCACAAAUGUGGUUUCUGUGCUUCAUCCUCAAGUGAUUAUAUCAGCAGACCAAUCGGCAAGAGCAAACCAAAUUACUACUGUAAUAUCUGAGAAUUUAAAUUUACAAUCAUCUGCCUCCCCUCAUAUAAAGGCUUUCGAUAGUGAUUGUGAUGAUGCAAGUAUCGACUCAGAGUGUACGUUUCGAUCAGAAGUGUCAGCUAUAGUACGGGAUAUUAAUAAUUUGGAGAAGUAUGAAACAUAUUCCUCAUCUGCAUCUGAAACUUGUGUUUUGGACAGCAGGACCUCUUCUGAUGUUUCAGGCGUGAUGUAUUGUUCAAAGGAAUACAGUUCCUCAACUGAUGAAGAUAUUUUUGAAAACACUUUUGAAAUGAUGGAAAAACUGUUGAAUGGUUUUGAAAUGAAGCCGGACUGUGCCUGUGAAGUGGAGGCAGGCAGUGAACAUGCAUAUGAAAUGGAUCCGGACCGUGUGGCGGGUGCGCGCGCUGCGGAGCCGGACCGUGUGGCGGGUGCGCGCGCUGCGGAGCCGGACCGUGUGGCGGGUGCGCGCGCUGCGGAGCCGGACCGUGUGGCGGGUGCGCGCGCUGCGGAGCCGGACCGUGUGGCGGGUGCGCGCGCUGCGGAGCCGGACCGUGUGGCGGGUGCGCGCGCUGCGGAGCCGGACCGUGUGGCGGGUGCGCGCGCUGCGGAUCCGGACCGUGUGGCGGGUGCGCGCGCUGCGGAGCCGGACCGUGUGGCGGGUGCGCGCGCUGCGGAGCCGGACCGUGUGGCGGGGGCGCGCACUGCGGAGCCGGGCUGUGCACAACCCUGUGAACUGAAGAUGAACUCUGCUGAUAAUUUGGAGAAUGUAAAGUUUGAUGUUAAAUCCAUAAAAAGUGUUCAAAGAGAAUCACGUUAUGAAAGAUUCUUGAACAGAAGAGCUUCUGGGAAUAUUUUCUAUCAAGCAAGAUGUAGCAAAACACCAAAAAGAGAUAUAUCAACGCAGAAAAUGCCAAAAAAUAAGAUCUUACCACAGUCGGCUGGGUCAUUACGGAAAGGAAAACUACAGUCUGUGAAAAGUUGUGUUAAAGAGUAUCUGAACUCUACCCAGCCUCCACUGUUUUCAAAUGUGAGAAAUAGAAAUGGUUAUGGAAUACAUCAGAAAGUAUUACGUUCCCCAAUGAAUGCGAAGAAGGUAUCACAAGAUUGCAGUACUCCCUGCAAGUCCAAGAAAAUAAUCCUUCCUCCAGUUACUUACACAAGUUCAUCAGCUGCUAAACUGGAUUUAAGUAAAUCAACAUCAGCAAACUAUGUAGCAGAGAAAUGUAAAAGGAAAAUAGUUCCUCGAUCAAGCCCAACUGUCAUUAAACAUACAGGCCGUACGGUUCUACCUACGAAGCAAUGGAAACAAAAUGGCGAAUCAGAAGGAGAGGUUUCAGUUUUGCUUACUUCGGAAGCCGUUCGUUCAAAUACAUUGAAAAGCACAAGGAAGAAGAAAUGAAGAUAAUAUUUUACAGAUAUUAAAAAUAGAUUUCGUGUGUGUGUGUGUGUGUGUGUGUGUGUGUGUGUGUGUGUGUGUGUGCUUUAAGAACAAUUUUGUCAUUUUUUUAAAUUUUUUUUUCAUUUAUUCUUGAUUUUUGUCUUAUUUCAUUGCUUUUUGGUGUUAAUACUGGAAAAAUAUAUAUCACUAUCGUUUA